AUGAAUAUCUUGCUUUCUCUCUUUCUUCCACUUUCUCUGUUUCAUUCUUCCUAUUGCUUUCUUUCUUUCUUUUUCUCUUUCUUUCUUUCUCUCUCUCUUUCUUCCUCUUUCUUUUCUCUCUCUUUCUCUCUUUCCUUCUUCCUCCCUGAUGUCACAUACCAUAAAACUAUAUUUUUAUCAUAUAUAAAUAUAUAUUUAUAUACAUACAUUUAUCUCCUAUUUCAUUUUCUCUGUUUCAAUCUAUAUCAUACUCUCCAUAUCUACCUUUCUAUCUCUCUCCAUAUCUACCUUUCUAUCUCUCUCCAUAUCUACCUUUCUAUCUCUCUUCAUAUCUACCUUUCUAUCUCUCUCCAUAUCUACCUUUCUAUCUCUCUCCAUAUCUACCUUUCUAUCUCUCUUCAUAUCUACCUUUCUAUCUCUCUCCAUAUCUACCUUUCUAUCUCUCUCCAUAUCUACCUUUCUAUCUCUCUUCAUAUCUACCUUUCUAUCUCUCUCCAUAUCUACCUUUCUAUCUCUCUCCAUAUCUACCUAUCUCUCUUCUUAUAUAUUUAUCUCAUUCUCAUCAUAAAUAUCUAUCUCAUUCAUUUUUCUUCCUUUUCUUGGUUCAGUCUCACUGCUUUCAUUCCAAUUAAUUUUCUUUUUUCGUUAAGUUUUCCUUUUUUUACAUUUUUGGUUGUUUUAAUUUUCCCUUUUAUUCAUUUUCAUUUGAUAUUUUCUUUUUCAGUUUUUUUUCAUUUACUUCUUCAAUGUCAUUUCUUCAAUUUUCUUUUUGAUUUAUUUCCCUUUCCACUUUUCCUCCAUUUUUGUUUUUCUUUUCUUUUUUCUUUCUCUUCUUUCUUGCCACAUUAUUCAUUUUCAAGCUUUAUUCAUUUUUCUUUUUCAAUAUUUUUUCUUUCUCUAUAUUCCCUCAUUAAUUUGCCAUUUUUUUUAUUUUCCUCACUUUCAUUCAGCAAUACAUAUAGCUUCGGGUCCCACAGAGAAGGUCCAUUCAAUCAUUUAUUCUGGCAUUUGCUGGGAUAA